AUGAUCGCCGCGGCUUUCCUCGUCCUGCUGAGACCCUACAGCAUCCAGUGUGCCCUCUUCCUCUUGCUGCUUCUGCUGGGCACCAUCGCCACCAUCGUUUUCUUCUGCUGCUGGCACCGCAGGCUCCAGAAGGGGAGGCAUCCCAUGAAAUCCGUCUUCUCGGGGCGUUCCAGGAGCAGAGAUGCUGCUCUGAGAUCUCAUCACUUUCGCUCUGAGGGAUUCCGAGCAAGCCCUCGCCACAUCAGGAGACGAGUUGCAGCGGCUGCAGCUGCCCGGCUAGAAGAAGCGAAGCCUGUGGUGGAAGCUCACCAUCAGAGCGAGCAAGAGUUGGCAGCGAGGAAGCGAAGGAUCAAGAAAAAUAGCCGAGUGCAGCCAGAAUUUUAUCAUUCUGUCCAAGGUGCUUCAACCAGAAGGCCUAGCUCGGGGAACGUGUCCUACCGCUGUUCUAUGUCCUCCUCUGCGGAUUUUUCUGAUGAGGAUGAUUUCAGCCAGAAAUCUGGCUCAGCAUCUCCAGCUCCCGGAGACACCUUACCCUGGAAUUUGCCUAAACAUGAGAGGUCCAAAAGAAAGAUUCAAGGGGGCUCCGUGCUGGACCCGGCUGAAAGGGCUGUGCUUCGGAUAGCAGAUGAGCGGGAUAAAGUUCAGAAGAAAACAUUUACAAAAUGGAUAAAUCAGCAUCUCAUGAAGGUUCGGAAGCACGUGAAUGAUCUCUACGAAGACUUGAGGGAUGGCCACAACCUGAUCUCCCUUCUGGAGGUUCUUUCUGGAGACACCUUGCCCAGGGAGAAGGGCCGGAUGCGCUUUCACAGACUACAGAAUGUACAGAUUGCACUUGACUACUUGAAAAGACGGCAGGUGAAGUUAGUGAAUAUUAGGAAUGAUGACAUAACUGAUGGAAAUCCUAAGCUGACUUUGGGAUUAAUUUGGACAAUAAUUCUGCACUUUCAAAUAUCUGACAUUCAUGUAACUGGACAGUCAGAGGACAUGUCUGCAAAAGAACGCUUGCUACUGUGGACACAGCAGGCGACAGAGGGUUACGCUGGUGUGCGGUGUGAAAAUUUCACCACCUGCUGGAGAGAUGGGAAACUAUUUAAUGCCAUCAUUCAUAAAUACAGGCCGGACCUGAUAGACAUGAAUACUGUUGCUGUUCAAAGCAACCUUGCAAAUUUAGAGCACGCUUUCUAUGUAGCUGAGAAAAUCGGCGUUAUCAGACUUCUGGACCCCGAAGAUGUUGAUGUCUCUUCGCCCGAUGAAAAAUCAGUCAUAACCUAUGUAUCGUCCCUCUAUGAUGCAUUUCCCAAAGUCCCCGAAGGUGGUGAAGGCAUUGGUGCAAACGAUGUUGAAGUCAAAUGGAUCGAAUACCAGAAUAUGGUGAACUACCUCAUCCAGUGGAUUAGACACCACGUGGUCACGAUGUCGGAGAGAACAUUUCCUAACAAUCCUCUAGAACUGAAGGCACUUUAUAAUCAGUACUUACAGUUUAAAGAAAAAGAAAUUCCACCAAAGGAGACAGAAAAAUCAAAAAUUAAACGACUAUAUAAAUUACUAGAGAUAUGGAUAGAGUUCGGCCGCAUCAAACUCCUCCAAGGUUAUCAUCCAAAUGACAUAGAGAAGGAGUGGGGUAAACUCAUCAUUGCCAUGCUUGAACGGGAGAAGGCGCUUCGUCCCGAGGUGGAGAGGUUGGAUAUGCUGCAGCAGAUCGCUACCCGAGUUCAGAGGGACAGUGUCAUCUGUGAGGACAAACUGCUCCUUGCCCGAAAUGCUCUCCAGUCUGAUUCCAAAAGAUUAGAAUCGGGAGUGCAGUUUCAGAAUGAAGCAGAAAUCGCCGGGUACAUUCUUGAGUGUGAGAACCUUCUCCGCCAGCAUGUGAUUGACGUGCAGGUUCUGAUUGACGGGAAGUACUACCAGGCAGAUCAGCUGGUGCAGAGGGUUGCAAAGCUGCGUGAUGAAAUUGUGGCCUUAAGGAAUGAAUGCGCCUCCGUUUACAGCAAAGGACGAAUGCUGACCACGGAACAAACCAAGCUCAUGAUAUCAGGAAUCACUCAAAGUCUAAACUCAGGAUUUGCACAGACCCUACACCCCAGUUUGAACUCAGGGCUCACCCAGAGUUUAACACCUUCCUUGACCUCUUCUAGUGUGACUUCGGGCUUGUCAUCAGGGAUGACUUCCCGGCUGACUCCGUCUGUCACUCCAGCUUACACACCUGGCUUCCCUUCAGUAGUAGCUCCAAAUUUCAGUUUAGGAGUAGAGCCAAAUUCAUUACAGACGCUGAAGCUCAUGCAGAUCCGAAAACCACUGCUGAAGUCAUCUUUGCUGGAUCAGAAUUUGACAGAAGAAGAAGUCAAUAUGAAGUUCGUUCAAGAUCUCUUGAACUGGGUUGAGGAGAUGCAGGUGCAGCUGGACCACACUGAAUGGGGCUCAGACUUGCCAAGUGUCGAAAGCCAUUUAGAAAACCAUAAAAAUGUUCACCAAGCCAUUGAAGAUUUUGAGUCUAGCCUUAAAGAAGCUAAAAUUAGUGAGAUUCAGAUGACAGCACCUCUUAAGCUCUCUUACACAGAUAAGUUGCACAGAUUAGAGAGUCAGUAUGCAAAACUCUUGAACACAUCCAGAAACCAGGAGCGGCACCUUGAUACUCUCCAUAAUUUUGUUACUCGGGCAACUAAUGAGCUUAUCUGGUUGAAUGAGAAAGAAGAGGAGGAGGUGGCUUAUGACUGGAGUGAGAGGAACACGAGCGUUGCUCGGAAGAAGGGCUACCAUGCGGAGCUAAUGAGGGAACUGGAGCAGAAGGAGGAAAGCAUUAAAGCUGUCCAGGAGAUCGCAGAGCAGCUGCUUCUAGAAAACCACCCAGCCCGGUUGACGAUAGAGGCAUACAGGGCAGCGAUGCAGACACAGUGGAGCUGGGUCCUGCAGCUCUGCCAGUGCGUGGAGCAGCACAUCCAGGAGAACGCUGCAUACUUUGAGUUUUUCAAUGAUGCCAAAGAAGCCACUGACUACCUAAGGAAUCUGAAAGAUGCCAUUCAGCGCAAGUACAGCUGUGACAGAUCCAGCAGCGUCCACAGACUGGAAGACCUCGUGCAGGAGUCCAUGGAAGAGAAGGAAGAGCUUCUACAGUACCGGAGCUCAGUGGCAGGCCUGAUGGGGAGAGCCAAGACCAUCGUGCAGCUGAAGCCAAGGAACCCUGACAAUCUGCUCAAAACAUCCAUCCCCAUCAAAGCUAUCUGUGACUACAGACAGAUCGAGAUAACCAUUUAUAAAGACGACGAAUGUGUUCUGGCAAACAACUCCCACCGUGCUAAAUGGAAAGUCAUUAGUCCCACUGGGAACGAGGCCAUGGUUCCAUCUGUGUGUUUCACGGUUCCCCCACCAAACAAAGAAGCCCUUGACUUUGCCAACAGGAUUGAGCAGCAGUACCAGAGUGUGCUCACCCUGUGGCAUGAGUCUCACAUAAACAUGAAGAGUGUGGUCUCCUGGCAUUAUCUAGUCAACGAGAUUGACAGAAUUCGGGCUAGUGACGUGGCCUCGAUAAAGACAAUGUUGCCUGGCGAACACCAGCAGGUUCUCAGUAACCUCCAGUCUCGUUUGGAAGAUUUUCUGGAGGAUAGCCAGGAAUCCCAAAUAUUUUCAGGCUCGGAUGUAACUCAGCUAGAAAAGGAAGUGAAUGUGUGUAGGAGGUAUUAUCAAGAGCUUCUCAAGUCUGCAGAGAGAGAGGAACAGGAGGAGUCCGCAUACAAUCUUUACAUCUCGGAAGUGCGCAACAUCCGGCUUCGGUUGGAGAGCUGUGAGGACCGCCUAAUUCGGCAGAUCCGGACUCCCCUGGAAAGAGAUGAUCUACAUGAAAGCAUGUUCAGAAUCACAGAGCAGGAGAAACUGAAGAAAGAGCUGGAGCGGCUUAAAGAUGACUUAGCAACCAUCACAAACAAGUGUGAAGAGUUCUUCAGUCAAGCAGCAGACUCCCCUUCUGUCCCCACCCUGCGAUCGGAGCUCAGUGCGGUCGUUCAGAGCAUGAGUCAGAUCUACUCCAUGUCUUCCACGUACAUAGAGAAGUUAAAAACAGUUAAUUUGGUUCUAAAAAACACUCAAGCUGCAGAAGCCCUUGUCAAACUGUAUGAAACCAAACUGUGUGAAGAGGAAGCCGUUAUAGCUGACAAGAAUAAUAUUGAGAAUUUAAUGAGUACCUUAAAGCAAUGGCGGACAGAAGUAGAUGAAAAGAGAGAGGUGUUUCAUGCACUGGAGGACGAGCUGCAGAAGGCAAAAGCCAUCAGUGAUGAGAUGUUUAAGACACACAAAGAACGGGACCUUGACUGUGACUGGCACAAGGAGAAAGCAGACCAGCUGGUGGAGAGGUGGCAGAGUGUCCACGUGCAGAUCGACAACAGGCUGCGGGACUUAGAAGGAAUUGGGAAGUCGCUGAAGUGCUACAGAGAUUCCUAUCACCCUCUAGAUGACUGGAUUCAGCAAAUUGAAACUACCCAGAGAAAGAUUCAGGAAAAUCAGCCAGAAAACAGCAAAGCCCUAGCCCUACAGCUGAACCAACAGAAGAUGCUGGUGUCUGAGAUAGAGGUGAAGCAGAGCAGAAUGGACGAAUGUCAGAAAUACGCCGAGCAGUACUCAGCUGCAGUAAAGGACUAUGAAUUGCAAACAAUGACCUACAGGGCCAUGGUCGAUUCACAGCAGAAGUCACCAGUGAAACGGCGGCGGAUACAGAGCUCAGCAGACCUCAUUAUUCAAGAGUUCAUGGACCUGCGGACUCGCUACACCGCCCUGGUCACUCUGAUGACACAGUAUGUUAAGUUUGCCGGCGACUCGCUGAAAAGGCUGGAAGAGGAGGAGAAGUCACUGGAAGAAGAGAAGAAACAACAUGUUGAAAAAGCUAAAGAAUUGCAGAAAUGGGUAUCAAAUAUCAGCAAGACACUGAGAGAUGGGGAAAAGGCUGGGGAACCUCUCUUCUCUAAGCAACAGAUUUCCAGUAAAGAAAUAUCAACCAAGAAGGAGCAAUUCUCUGAAGCUCUUCAGACCACACAGAUCUUUUUGGCUAAACAUGGAGACAAACUGACAGAUGAAGAAAGAAAUGAAUUGGAGAAACAAGUGAAAACUCUUCAAGAAGGUUAUAACUUACUAUUCAGUGAAUCUCUGAAACAACAAGAAUCGCAGCUGUCAGGAGAGGUGAAGGUAGAGGAGAAGCCGGAUAAAGUGAUUGCGGGCACCAUCAAUCAGACAACUGGAGAGGUCCUUUCUGUCUUUCAGGCGGUCUUAAGAGGCCUUAUUGACUAUGAAACAGGGGUCAGGUUGCUCGAGGCACAGCUAGUGACUUCUGGUUUAAUUUCACCAGAGUUAAGAAAGUGUUUUGACCUCAAAGAUGCCGAAAGCCACGGCCUCAUUGAUGAACAAAUUCUGCAUCAGCUGAGAGAACUAAGUGAGGUUAAGCAGAUCAUUUCUACUGCGUCACCAGCCACGGUCCCUGUGCUAGACUCUCUGGCUCAGGGCAUGAUAUCAGAACCCAUGGCCAUCCGAGUUCUUGAGAUGCUGCUUUCCACAGGCUCUCUGCUUGUUCCAGCCACGGGCGAACACCUGACCUUGCAAAAGGCUUUCCAGAAGAAUUUGAUUUCCUCAGCAUUGUUUUCUAAAGUCCUAGAAAGGCAGGACACUUGUAGAGACCUUAUUGACCCAUGCACCUCUGAGAAGGUCUCUUUAACUGGUAUGGUACAAAGGAGCAUUUUUGAGGAAAAUACCAGGAUGUGGCUUUUACCAGUGAGACCACAGGAAGCUGGCAGGAUAACUCUGAGGUGUGGGAGAAGCGUCAGCAUUCUGAGAGCGGCUCACGAAGGACUCAUAGACCGGGAAACCAUGUUUAGGCUGUUAGGCGCACAGCUUCUGUCUGGCGGUCUGAUCCAUGGCGACUCUGGCCAGAAAAUGACUGUUGAAGAAGCCAUGGCAAAGGGCAUGAUUGACAGAGACACUGCAAGUAGCAUCCUCACCUAUCAGGUUCAGACGGGUGGGAUCCUGCACUCAGACCCUGCUAAGCGGCUAACGGUAGAUGAAGCCGUGCAGUGUGACUUGAUAUCGUCCAGCAGUGCGCUUCUGGUUCUCGAGGCUCAGCGGGGCUAUGUCGGACUCAUCUGGCCCCAGUCCGGUGAAAUAUUUCCCACAUCUUCCUCCUUACAGCAAGAGCUGAUCACAAAUGAAUUAGCUUACAAAAUUCUGAAUGGGAGACAGAAAAUCGCUGCUCUCUAUAUCCCAGAAAGCUCCCAGGUCAUUGAUUUGGAUGUUGCUAAGCAGCUUGGCAUCAUAGAUAACAAUACAGCAUCAAUUUUAAAGAACAUAAGACUGCCAGACAAAAUGCCAGACGUGGGAGACUUAGAAGCGUGUAAAAAUGCCAAAAGAUGGCUCUCCUUUUGUAAAUUCCAGCCAUCCACAGUCCAUGACUACAGGCAAGAAGAGGACGGUUCUGAUGGCGAAGAGCCAGCCGCAACCCAGAACUCGGAACAAACCAAAAAGUUAUUCCUGUCUUACUUGAUGGUGAACAGCUACAUGGACGCGAACACGGGGCAGAGGCUUCUGCUCUAUGACGGAGACUUGGGCGAGGCUGUGGGCAUGCUGCUGGAGAGCUGCGGUGCAGAGCUCGGUGCUGACGCGCCCGUGAGGGAAGGUCUUGCUGUCUCAGGCAUCCCCGAUGCCUCUCCUAAUUAUGCAUCCCGUAAGGAGAAGGAUGAGUGUCCCACCUCAGCAGCUGGUUCUGAUAAAGGUCCUCACAGACAACUUGAACGAAAAGAGACGCUUGCAAAUGGAAAGUGUGCCAUAAAAGAAGAGUUCUAUGAGGCGGGAAACGAUGAUGGCAGGAGUGAGUUGUGUUGGCCAGAAAACCUAGCAAAUCCAACAACAGUUGUUCACAAAGCCAGCAGCCCAUCUAGUGUGUGUGUCCCCAAACCGACACCAUGUUCAGCCCAACCUGAAUAUGCAGAGGGGAGCGCACUCAGACAUGACCCCAGGAAUAUUCUUAAAGACUAUGAAAAUCAAGGUGACCUUGAAACAAGGGCACAUCCAGAUGGGUGUAACCAUUCUAAAAGCACCAGAGAUCUUGCAGGUAAUUUUCUGACGGCAGAGACCCAUAGACUUUGUGAUCCGAAUGAAGGAGAGACUGGAGAUGAUAUGCAGAAGGGCCCACCUGUCUUUGACUAUUCCCCUCAGCUGAGUGCCCUGUUAAGCCACAAUGAGGUGGGGCUCCAUCAGGGGAGUUUCGGUGAUACACCUACCCCACAGACCUCGGGAGAUACGUGCAAAGCUUCUGCACUGUCGUUCGGUGGCCACAGUGUGUCAGCUGAGCAGAGCACAGGAGAGGUAUCUCAGGACCAAUUUCUGGGAAUCGCAGCUAUUAACGUCAGCUUACAAGGGGAGCCUUGUGAACAGAAGUCUGUAGAUACCGGGGGCCGCACUGUGCAAGUGCACUGUGACAGCGACGAGCACACAUCGUUUGCUUCCUGUGAGAGUGAACAUGCUCAGCAAACGGACGAAGACGAGAAAACCGGGUCUGAGGAGGAGGACUACUCCUGUACCGUGAUCCCUGGUUCGUGGAACGCCAGCACACCUACUUGUGGCACACUGUCACCUGAAGGAGCCAUCGAUGCUGGUGACUAUGAGACAUCCCUGCUGGCUGAUCAGCAGAGUGACACGGGAACAGACACCGAGAGUGAUGACUAUUUUUAUGAUACCCCCUUGUUUGAAGACGAUGACCAUGAUUCUCUAGUUCUUCAAGGUGAUGACCAUGAUUGUUUGCAACCUGAGGACUGUGACACACUGCAGGAAGAAAACGAUGGGACACCUCCUCCUGCUGAUGGUUUUUAUGAAGUCUCAAAAGAGGAGAAAAGUCCUGUGUUUCCUCAAGGAGGAAUAGAUGAUAGCUUAAGUGUGAAGAGCAAAGGUCAUUGUCCUCAGGAGUUUCUUGUAGGUACUGAGACACCUGGAUUGUAUUUAGUUGACCAGAAACAGUUCAGUUCAGUUGGCCCAGACAAGGUGAAUGUACAGUUAGUGGAACCUACAGCCAAAAGGGAAGACCCACUUGACCUUAAGAAUAAUGAAUCUGAUUCGUUGAGUGAUGGUGACAUUAUAGGAAGGAAAGAGAGCUUAGGAGCUUCCUUAAUGCCCGGUGAUAGCUGGAGAGGGAGGAGAGAAGAGUGUGACAGUAGCCAGGAAAGUCAGUCUGACACUGAUCACAUAGGUUCCACGGAAGAAAGCGACAGGUAUUAUAUAUGUGACAGUACUGACAUGGAUGAUGGUGACAGUGAUAUUCAUAAUGAGGAAUACAGCAGUGAAGAUGGUGGUGACAGAGGAGGAGGACAAGGAAUAGAAGAUGAGAAUGGGAAGCCCUCAUUGUCUGCCACUCCUGUAAAAGAACACAGGGAUGAAAACCAAAGUACCUGUAACACGAUUCUCCUAGACAAAAUGCACAUUUGUAGUCCAUCAGGAAAGCAACACCACGCUGGUGUCUUACAGACAGAAGCAACUGGUAUGAGAGGUCCAGACGCUGAAAGAAGCAACCAUCCAGAACUGAGGACUGGAGCAGAUGAAGAAGACAAAGGAAGUCUGUCUAAUCAUGUGGAAACUGUGGACGUGUUGCUGUCUAAUGCUGAAGACUCCGCCUCAGAAAAAAUCUUGGGCUUUGAAAAUGUUUUACCAAAUAAUACCAGUUUGAUUUCUGAUUUAGAAAGUGAUGGAAUGAGCACAGAAGUCAAGUUGGUUCAAGGGCCAGUAUCUACAAACAUUCUAAAAGCCGAAGACGAAUGUCUUGAGAGUGUAUCACCAAAAACCAGUCCCUCUUUUGAUAAAGUAGGUUGUUCUGCAACUGAGUUAGUAGGAAGACCUGAGGAAAAACACUCAUCACCUACAUUAGAUGACAGGGGUCAGCAAGAGAAUGGAAGAGGUCUGGUUAAAGGUAGAGAUGGCAGAAACGGUCAGUUGAUACAUGAAACAUCCAUUCAGGAAAUAGGCAUUGGGAUAGAAGAAGGGCUGAUAGCAGGCCCAGAAGAAGAAGAAGAAAGAUAUCUCAGCUCUUCUCCAAAUAAAAGUGCAACAGAGAGCCUCAGCAUUGGUAAGACUCAGUUUCCCCCUCUGCUGAUGAACUCUGAGGAACCUAAACACAGAGGAGACCAGACAGCAGCGACGGUGGCUUUUGGAGGUGAACCAAAGAGUGUGCAAAGGAGGGUUAGUGAAAGUCCUAUUCUGCUUGAGACUCUUGCAGAAAUAUUUGACAGCUCAGUUUCUAAAGAGGCCCAUGCUGACUUGACUUCAGGUGUAACAUCCUCUGGGGUGAGGAGCUAUGUGGAAGAAGAUUCCUUCAGUGGAGGGCUGGAGAAAGAGAACAGUCCGUUUACCUCUUUAGAACACAGUGAUAAACAUAAAAACGCAGAUGUGCUGGAACUAACCAAAAAUAUCCUAGUUUCCUCUCCCAUGGAAGAUGACUUAUAUGCAGUAAAUAGUGCAGAGGAAAAGGCAAUCAUUCCCCAGGAAGACUGGCUGCCAGGUGCCAAGAUCCAACAAGGUGACACUUCUAUCAAGGAAAGUAUCUCAGAAGGAAAAACAGGAGUUCUUCCGUUACCUCCAAAAAAUGGUGACACCACGCUGUCAUGCUUACUUCUUAAAAGUGUGGAGGACUGUGGAGAAAAUACUGGUUUUGUGGAGUCUAGGCUCCAUAUGACUGGAGUGAAAAAUACCUCCAACACCACUUCAGGUGUGGAAAAGACUGAGAAACACCCACACAGAGAACAAGCCUCAUCUCUAAGACCCCAAGAGAGAGAAGUUCAUAUUCCUGAGUUGUCUCUGGCAUUUGUGGAAGAUGGAAAAGCUAUUUUGAAGAACAUGUUAGAAGAAGUUCAUGUGAAUCUCCAAGAGGUUGGAGACCCUUCAGCUUGCACAGGCACUAAAAUUUCUCUUCAGAACUUCAUUAAGAGAGUUAUCUUGUCUCAGUUGCCAAAUGAAGUAUCUAGCGUGUCCAGUCCUGACGUUUCUGCCAUGGCUAGCUCAUCACAACCAAAGGCAGAGAGUGGAGAGGAUCCCCUCUGUGUUACAAGACUUCAGUUGGGCCUUCUUGAUAUGUUGAAGCAAAAGCAGUUCACCCAAGAAACCCCAGGCACAUCUGAGUUGAUGAAAGCAUUAACUCAGAUAGAGUGCAGUACAGAGGAAAGAGACACUGCAUCUGAAUUAAAACUUAAAAAUGCCUUUUACAAGCUGCUCUUUGAUGGGUAUGCAGCAGAAAGAGAACAGGCCGAAUCCUCGCCUCAGAAACCAUGUGCUACUCCUGAGAUGGCAGAAGAAAAACCGUACAACCGCAGGGAUCCAGAGAGCGAAGAAGAAAAUCACUGUUCCCUAAGCCCACAGACCUUGAGAGAAAUGGAAAUGGAACACCCCAGUGUGCACCCCGCAGCAUGGCCAGGAAAUGGCGAGACACUUGAAGAGCUAUGCAGUGAGCCCCCAGGCCAUUCACAAUGUAUUUUGGGAUCAAAAGAAAUGGCUUCUGAUGAUAGCUCAAAGGAAAAAUAUUUCAGUGAGUUACAACAGUGUUUGCAACAUACUGAGAAAAUGCAUGAAUAUUUGGCUUUGCUUCAAGAUAUGAAGCCCCCCUUAGACAGCCAGGCAUCUAUGGAUAACACUCUAGAAGCCUUGAAGAGUCGGCUUAAGCAGUUUGAGACAUUCGAGUUGGGAUUGGCUCCAAUUGCUGUGUUAUUAAGAAAAGAUCUAAAGCUGGCAGAAGAAUUCUUAAAGUCUUUUCCCAGUGACCUUCCCAGAAGACAUCACGAAGAACUGAGCAAAAGCCACGGAGAUUUACAGAAUGCCUUCUUGUCUCUCAGCAGCAUGUGCUCAGAAAGAAGGAAACUGAUCACACUUGCAAUUGACUCUGAAAUGUCUAAGCUGGCAGUUCGUCAUGAAGACUUCCUGCACAAACUUACAUCAUAUUCAGAUUGGGUAUCAGAGAAAAGCAAAUCUGUGAAGGAUAUUCAAACUGUGGACGUCCAGGAUACUGCUCUUGUUAAGAAGGCUCUAGAGUUUCUUAAGACUGUGCUGAGAGAUCUCGCACACACCAAAAUGCAGCUGGAGACGACGGCCUUUGACAUACAGUCCUUCAUCUCUGAUUGCACCCAAGACCUGUCUCCCGAGCAGAGCAGACAGCUGCUGCGACUCCUCAGUACAACCCAGAAGUGCUUCCUCCACACGCAGGAGCUGGUGACGGCCAAGGCGGGCCGGCUGGAGGCUCACCUGCGGCUGGAGCAGGAGCUCGGUCAUCAGAAGGUGGUGGCAGAGCGUCAACAAGAGUACAAAGAGAAACUCCAAGGGCUGUGUGAUCUCCUCACCCAAACUGAAAACCGCCUGAUCAGUCACCAAGAGGCCUUUGUGAUUGGGGAUGGCACGGUGGAGUUAAAGAAGUACCAGCUGAAGCAAGAGGAAUUACAGAGGGAUAUGCAAGGAAGUACACAGGCAUUGGCAGAAAUAGUGAGAAACACGCAACUAUUUUUAAAAGAGAGUGGCGAAGAGUUGUCCCAAGAAGAUAAAGCUUUGAUUGAGCGGAAACUAACUGAGGCGAAGGUAAAGUGUGAACAGCUGAACUUAAAGGCAGAACAGUCGAGAAAGGAGCUGGAUAAGGCAGUGACGACGGCCAUCAAGGAAGAGACUGAAAAGGUUGCAGCUGUGAGGCAGCUGGAAGAGAGCAAAACCAAAAUAGAAAACCUUUUGGACUGGUUGACGAACGUUGAGAAAGAUUCGGAAAGGGCAGGGAGGAAGCACACACCGCUGAUCGAGCAGAACGGAACCCAUUUGCAUGAAGGUGAUGGCAAGUCAGUAGCUGGUGAGGAGGAUGCAGUCAAUGGGAACCUGCUGGAGACGGAUGCUGAAGGGGACGGUGGGACCACCGAGGAGAAUCUGAACCAGCAGUACCAGAAAGUCAAGGCCCAGCACGAGCAGAUCGCAGCCCGGCACCAGGCGGUCAUCCUAGCCACGCAGUCGGCGCAGGCGCUGCUGGAGAAACAGGGCCACUAUCUGUCUCCCGAAGAGAAGGAGAAGCUGCAGAGGAGCACGCAGGCGCUGAAGGCGCACUACGAGGCCGCGCUGGCUGGGAGCGAGAAGAAGAUGAAGCUGACGCACUCCCUGCAGGAGGAGCUGGAGAAGUUCGACACCGACCACGGCGAGUUCGAACACUGGCUGCAGCAGGCAGAGCAGGAGCUGGAGAACCUGGAGGCAGGCGCCGACGACCUCGCCGGCCUCGAGGACAAGCUCAAGAGGCAGAAGAGCUUCUCCGAGGACGUCAUCUCGCACAAAGGCGACCUGAGGUACAUCACCAUCUCCGGGAACAGGGUGUUGGAAGCUGCCAGAUCCUGCAGCAGGAGAGACGGCGACAAGCUUGACCAGGACAGCAUCGACACUUCCGCCGCCCACAGAGAGGUUCAGACUAAACUGGAUCAGGCCACGGACCGCUUUCGGUCUCUAUACGCCAAGUGCAGUGUUCUUGGGAAUAACCUCAAAGAUCUGGUGGACAAAUACCAACACUAUGAAGAUGCGUCCUGCGGACUCCUGUCGGGGCUCCAGGCCUGCGAGGCCAAAGCAAGCAAGCAUCUACUUGAGCCCAUUGCUGUGGACCCCAAAAACCUGCAAAGGCAGCUAGAGGAGACCAAGGCUUUGCAUGGGCAGAUAUCAAGUCAGCAGGUUGCUGUGGAGAAGCUGAAGAAAACUGCAGAAGUGCUCUUGGAUGCCAAGGGCUUGUUACUUCCUGCCACAAAUGACAUCCAGAAGACACUUGAUGACAUUGUCGGGAGAUACGACGAUCUGUCCAGGUCUGUGAGUGAACGGAACGAGAAGCUGCAGAUCACACUGACGCGCUCGCUGAGUGUGCAGGAUGGCUUGGAUGAGAUGCUGGACUGGAUGGGAAGUGUGGAGAGCUCACUGGCCAAGCAAGGCCAAGUGCCCUUAAACUCCACAGCGCUCCAGGACCUCAUCAGCAAAAGCAUUAUGCUGGACCAGGAUAUUGCAGGUCGUCAGAGCAGCAUCAACGCCAUGAAUGAGAAGGUGAAGACGUUCAUAGAGACAACAGACCCAUCCACGGCCUCUUUGCUGCAAGCCAAAAUGAAGGACCUGUCCGCUCGGUUUUCCGAAGCGAGUCAGAAACAUAAGGAGAAGCUUGCCAAGAUGGUGGAGCUGAAGGCCAAAGUAGAACAGUUUGAGAAGCUCUCAGAAAAGCUCCAGGUGUUUCUAGAGACGCAGAGCCAGGCACUCACGGAGGUGGACGUGCCAGGGAAGGAUGUGCCGGAGCUGUCUCGGUAUAUGCAGGAAUCAACCGCUAAAUUCAUAGAACACAAGAAAGAUCUCGAAGCGUUACACAGCCUCCUGAAAGAGAUAUCCAGCCAUGGCUUACCAGGGGACAAAGCUCUGGUGUUUGAGAAGUCAAAUAAUUUGUCAAAGAAAUUCAAAGAAAUGGAGGAUGCUAUCCAAGAAAAAAAAGAAGCUCUAAGUUCUUGUCAAGAGCAGCUGAGUACUUUCCAGGCCCUUGCACAAUCACUGAAGUCAUGGAUAAAAGAAACAACAAAGCAGGUUCCCGCUGUGAAGCCUUCUUUUGGUGUGGAGGUCUUACGAAAAUCUCUGGAAGAAACCAAGAAAUUACAAGAAAAGUGGAGUUUGAAAGCACCAGAAAUUCACAAAGCAAACACCAGCGGAGUCUCGCUAUGUAACCUGAUCAGUGCAGUGGCUACCCCUGCAAAAGCCAUAGCAGCCGCCAAAUCAGGUGGAGUAAUACUAAAUGGUGAAGGAACAGACACAAAUACUCAGGAUUUCUUGGCAAAUAAAGGCAUAACAUCUAUUCAAAAGGACAUGACUGACAUAAGCCACAGUUAUGAAGACCUGGGCCUCCUACUCAAGGAUAAAAUAGCGGAACUGAAUAUGAAACUCUCCAAAUUGCAAAAGGCUCAGGAAGAAUCAAGUACAAUGAUGCAGUGGUUACAGAAAAUGAACAAAACUGCAAACAAAUGGCACCAGACACCAACGCCUACAGACGCGGAGUCAGUGCAGAUGCAAGUGGAGCAGAACAAGUCAUUUGAGGCAGAACUAAAGCAAAAUGUUAACAAAGUGCAAGAAUUAAAAGACAACCUGACGGAGCUACUGAAGGAGAACCCAGAGGCCCCAGAGGCCCCGACCUGGAAGCAGACGCUUACAGAUAUGGACACUAAGUGGCAAGAACUCAACCAGUUAACGGUAGACAGGCAACAAAAGCUGGAAGAAUCCUCCAACAAUCUAACUCAGUUCCAGACCACAGAGGCCCAGUUAAGACAGUGGCUCGUGGAGAAAGAGUUGAUGGUCAGUGUUCUCGGACCUUUGUCCAUUGACCCAAAUAUGCUGCACACCCAGAGGCAGCAGGUACAGAUUCUUCUGCAAGAAUUCGACACUCGGAAACCUCAGUAUGAGCAGCUCACAGCAGCUGGCCAGAGCAUUCUGAGCAGACCUGGGGAAGACCCUUCUUUACACGGGGUUGUGAAGGAGCAGCUGGUAGCCGUGACCCAGAAGUGGGAAAACCUGACGGGACAACUGAGGGACAGAUGUGACUGGAUUGACCAGGCUAUUGUCAAAAGCACACAGUAUCAGAGUCUGCUGAGGAGUCUCUCGGGCAUCCUGAGUGAGCUGGAUGACAGGCUCGGCAGCAGCCUCGCCGUAGGCACGCUGCCUGACGCCGUGAACCAACAGCUGGAAGAGGCCCAGAAGCUAAAGCAGGAGAUCGGGCAGCAGACAAAGCAGAUCAAAGAGGCACAGGCACUCUGCGAGGACCUGUCCGCACUGGUCAAGGAAGGCUUCCUGAAGGCAGAACUGAGUAGGCAACUGGAGGGCAUCUUAAAAUCAUUUAAGGAUAUUGAACAAAAGACAGAGAAUCAUGUUCAGCACCUUCAGUCGGCCUGCGUAAGCUCUCACCAAUUUCAGCAGAUGUCUAAAGACUUUGAGGCCUGGCUUGACGCAAAGAAAGAAGAGCAAAGAAAGUCUCCCCCAGUGUCAGCCAGACUCGAGGUCCUGGAGUCCUUACUUAAAGCUCAGAAAGACUUCAGCAAAACUUUCACUGAGCAGUCUAACAUCUAUGAGAAAACGAUUGCAGAAGGCGAAAGCCUGUUGCUAAAGACACAGGGCGCAGAGAAGGCAGCCUUACAGCAACAGCUCAACACGAUGAAAACCAGCUGGGACCGGUUCAGGAAGCAGGUGAACGAGAGGGAAGACAUGCUGAAACACUCGUUGGAAAAGGCCCUCAAGUACAGAGAGCAGGUGGACACUCUGCAGCCGUGGGUUGACAAGUGUCAGCACAGCCUGGACCGGGUGAAGUUCUCGUUGGAUCCCGCCGAGGCCGAGAGCUCCAUCGCUGAGCUGAAGUCUCUGCAGAAGGAAAUGGACCACCACUUUGGUAUGGUGGAACAACUGAACAACAUGGCCAACAGCCUACUCAGUGUCUGCGAGGUAGACAAAGAAGUAGUUACAGAAGAAAACAGGUCAUUGAUCCAGAAGGUAGACACAGUCACCGAACAGCUUCAAAGUAAGAGAGUCUCCCUGGAGAACAUGGCCCAGAAGUUUAAAGAACUCCAGGAAGUUUCCAAAGAAGCCAAAAGGCAGCUCCUGGGUACAAAGGAACAGCUGGAUGCCCAUCACACCCUGGGACCCCAGGCGGUCAGUAACAAACACCUGACCAUGCUACAGGCUCAGCAGAAGUCCCUCCAGACCCUGAAGCAUCAGGUCGACUUGGCAAAAACGCUCGCUCGGGAGCUGGUGGUAGAAGCCACGGAUUCAAAGGGAACCUCCGACGUGCUGCUGCAGGCAGACGCCUUAGCUGAAGAGCACAGCAGACUAAGCCAACAGGUUGAUGAAAAGUGUUCUUUCUUAGAAACCAAGCUCCAGGGCAUCGGACACUUCCAGAACACCAUCCGAGAGAUGUUUUCUCAGUUCACGGAGUUUGAUGACGAGCUGGAUAGCAUGGCUCCAGUCGGUAGAGACGUAGAAACACUGCGAAGGCAAAAGGCGUCCAUCCAGACCUUUCUGAAAAAACUGGAAGCCCUCAUGGCAAGCAACGACAAUGCCAACAAAACCUGCAAAAUGAUGCUGGCCACUGAAGAAACCUCUCCUGACCUCAUGGGGAUCAAAAGGGACUUAGAGGCCUUGAGCAAGCAGUGCCACAAGCUGCUGGACCGAGCGAAAGCCAGAGAAGAGCAGGUGGACGGUGCCACGGAGAGGCUGGAGGCGUUCCACCGCAGGCUGGAAGAGUUCUCAACUCUCCUCCAGAAGGCCGAGGAGCACGAAGAGUCGCAGGGCCCCGUGGGUACAGAGACGGAGACAAUUAACCAGCAGCUCGGCGUGUUCAAGGUAUUCCAGAAAGAAGAAAUUGAACCCUUGCAAGUGAAGCAGCAAGAUGUGAACUGGUUGGGUCAAGGCCUUAUUCAGAGCGCAGCUGCGAACACGUGCACUCAGGGUCUGGAGCAUGCCCUGGAUGAUGUCAACGCACGGUGGAAGACUCUCAAUAAGAAGGUGGCUCAGCGAGCAGCCCAGCUUCAGGAGGCCCUGCUACACUGUGGAAGGUUCCAGGAUGCUCUGGAGUCCCUGCUCAGCUGGAUGGCAGACACUGAGGAGCUGGUGGCCAAUCAGAAGCCUCCGUCAGCUGAGUUCAAAGUAGUGAAGGCCCAAAUACAGGAGCAAAAGCUCCUGCAAAGACUGCUGGAAGACCGGAAGUCUACCGUGGAGAUGAUCAAACGGGAAGGAGAGAAGAUAGCGGCUUUGGCAGAGCCUGCAGACCGGGCGAAGCUCUCCAGACAGCUGAGCCUCCUGGACAGCAGAUGGGAGGCACUGCUUAGCAGAGCUGAAGCAAGGAACCGUCAACUGGAAGGAAUCUCUGUAGUAGCUCAGGAGUUUCAUGAGACCUUGGAGCCGCUGAAUGAGUGGCUUACAGCCAUAGAAAAGAGGCUGGCAAACUCCGAGCCCAUAGGAACCCAGGCACUGAAGCUGGAGGAGCAGAUUGCACAGCACAAGGUUUUAGAGGAUGACAUCAUCAAUCACAAUAAACAUUUGCACCAGGCUGUUAGCAUUGGCCAGUCAUUAAAGGUUCUGAGCUCCAGGGAGGAUAAAGAGAUGGUGCAGAGUAAACUAGACUUCUCCCAGGUGUGGUACUUUGAGAUUCAAGAGAGAAGUCACAGCAGGUCUGAGCUCCUGCAGCAGGCCCUGUGCAAUGCUAAGAUUUUUGGGGAAGAUGAAGUUGAGCUGAUGAACUGGCUGAACGAAGUGCAUGGCAAGCUGAGCAAGCUGUCAGUCCAGGACCACAGCACAGAGGCGCUGUGGGAGCAGCACUCUGAACUCCGGGCUCUACAAGAAGACAUCCUCCUCAGGAAACAGAAUGUCGAUCAGGCACUGCUGAAUGGCUUAGAACUGCUCAAACAAACCACAGGUGAUGAAGUCUUAAUAAUUCAAGAUAAGUUGGAAGCCAUUAAAACAAGGUACAAAGACAUCACCAAGUUGAGUGCCGACGUAGCGAAGACCCUGGACCACGCUCUGCAGCUGGCUGGGCAGGUGCAGUGCAUGCGUAAGGAGCUGUGCAGCUGGCUGGACAAGGUGGAAGUGGAGCUUCUGUCCUACGAGACUCAGGUCCUGAGCGGAGAAGCCGCAAGCCAAGUGCAAGAGAGACAGAAAGAACUGAAAAAAGAAGUUAAGAGCAACAAAGCCUUACUGGAUUCUCUAAACGAAGUGAGCGGCGCCUUGUUGGAGCUGGUACCCUGGAGGGCGAGAGAAGGGCUGGAGAAGAUGAUAGCGGAGGACAAUGAGCGCUACCGGCUGGUGAGCGACACCAUCACCCAGAAAGUGGAAGAGAUGGAUGCUGCCAUUCUGCGGUCUCAGCAGUUUGACCAAGCGGCAGAUGCUGAGUUGUCCUGGAUUACUGAAACAGAGAAGAAAUUAAUGUCUCUGGGUGACAUCAGGCUUGAGCAAGACCAGACUUCUGCUCAGCUGCAGGUUCAAAAGGCUUUCACCAUGGAUAUUUUGAGACACAAGGAUAUUAUUGAUGAACUUGUUAAAUCUGGAUAUAAAAUCAUGACCACAUCUACUGAAGAGGAAAAGCAGUCCAUGAAGAAAAAACUGGAUAAGGUAUUGAAGAACUAUGACGCCAUCUGCCAGAUAAACUCAGAGAGGCACCUGCAGCUGGAGCGGGCACAGUCACUCGUCAGCCAGUUCUGGGAAACGUAUGAGGAGCUCUGGCCAUGGCUGACGGAAACCCAGAGAACCAUCUCCCAGCUGCCCGCCCCAGCCCUGGAGUACGAAACUCUGAGACGGCAGCAGGAAGAGCACCGGCAACUGCGAGAGCUGAUAGCUGAGCACAAACCUCACAUAGAUAAGAUGAACAAGACUGGGCCACAGUUGCUGGAACUGAGCCCAAAGGAAGGCGUUUAUAUCCAAGAAAAGUAUGUGGCAGCCGACACCCUCUACAGCCAAAUUAAAGAAGAUGUCAAAAAGCGGGCCAUAAUACUGGAUGAAGCCAUUUCUCAGUCCACCCAGUUCCACGACAAGAUCGACCAGAUCCUAGAGAGCCUGGAGCGCAUCGUGGAGCGUCUGAGGCAGCCGCCGUCCAUCUCUGCUGAGGUUGAGAAGAUCAAGGAGCAGAUCGGUGAAAAUAAGAGCGUGUCUGUGGACAUGGAGAAGCUGCAGCCACUGUACGAGACCCUGAGGCAGAGGGGAGAGGAGAUGAUCGCCAGGUCCGAGGGCACUGAGAAAGACAUAUCUGCCAAAGCUGUGCAGGAUAAGUUGGACCAAAUGGUUUUCAUCUGGGGAAACAUACACACGCUGGUAGAAGAGAGGGAAGCCAAACUCCUGGAUGUUAUGGAACUGGCCGAAAAAUUCUGGUGUGAUCACAUGUCAUUGGUCGUUACCACUAAAGACACUCAAGAUUUCAUCCGGGACCUGGAAGAUCCUGGAAUUGAUCCCUCAAUAGUGAAACAGCAGCAGGAAGCAGCAGAGGCAAUAAGAGAGGAGAUCGAUGGACUUCAAGAGGAGCUCGACAUGGUCAUCUCGCUGGGCUCUGAGCUCAUCGCCGCGUGUGGGGAGCCUGACAAGCCCAUUGUCAAGAAGAGCAUAGACGAGCUAAAUUCAGCAUGGGAUUCUCUAAACAAAGCUUGGAAAGACCGGGUUGACAAACUGGAAGAGGCCAUGCAAGCUGCUGUCCAGUACCAGGAUGGAUUGCAGGCAGUGUUUGACUGGGUUGACAUCUCAGGUAAUAAGUUAGCCUCAAUGUCUCCAAUUGGAACGGAUCUAGAGACCGUCAAGCAGCAGAUUGAAGAGCUGAAGCAAUUUAAGUCAGAGGCUUAUCAACAACAGAUAGAAAUGGAAAGACUGAACCAUCAAGCAGAACUUUUGCUGAAGAAAGUAAAAGAAGAAAGUGACAAACACACUGUUCAGGACCCGUUGAUGGAGCUGAAACUCAUAUAUGAUAGCCUGGAUGAGAGAAUCGUCAGCAGACAGCACAAGCUUGAGGGUGCUCUCUUGGCACUGGGUCAGUUCCAGCAUGCCCUGGAUGAGCUCCUGGCAUGGCUGACGCACACCAAGGGCUUGCUGAGUGAGCAGAAACCUGUUGGAGGAGACCCAAAAGCCAUUGAAAUUGAGCUCGCUAAGCACCACGUGCUCCAAAAUGACGUGUUAGCCCACCAGUCCACCGUGGAAGCAGUCAACAAAGCAGGAAAUGAUCUCAUUGCAUCAAGUGCGGGAGAAGAAGCAAGCAACCUCCAAUACAAGCUCAAGAUCCUAAAUCAGCGCUGGCAGGAUAUUUUGGAAAAAACAGAUGAAAGGAAGCAGCAGCUGGAUAGUGCUUUGCGCCAGGCCAAAGGGUUCCACGGUGAAAUUGAAGAUUUGCAACAGUGGCUGACUGACACAGAGCGUCAUCUCUUGGCAUCCAAACCUGUAGGAGGUCUCCCAGAAACAGCCAAGGAACAGCUUAACUCACACCUGGAAGUCUGUAGUGCCUUUGACAUCAAAGAAGAAACAUACAAGAGUCUGAUGCAGAGAGGACAGCAGAUGCUUGCAAGAUGCCCCAAAUCUGCAGAGACGAAUGUUGACCAAGACAUAAACAACUUGAAAGAGAAAUGGGAAUCUGUGCAAAGCAAACUCAACGAGAAGAAAACUAAAUUGGAAGAGGCCCUCCACCUGGCAAUGGACUUCCACAACUCUCUCCAGGACUUCAUCAACUGGCUCACCCAGGCCGAACAAACUCUGAAUAUGGCUUCCCGGCCAAGUCUCAUCUUGGACACAAUCUUGUUUCAAAUUGAUGAGCACAAGGUCUUUGCCAAUGAAGUUAACUCUCACCGUGAGCAGAUAAUAGAGCUAGACAAAACCGGAACCCACCUGAAGUAUUUCAGUCAGAAACAAGAUGUCGUGCUCAUUAAGAACCUGCUCAUCAGCGUGCAGAGCCGAUGGGAAAAGGUGGUUCAGCGGUUAGUAGAAAGAGGAAGAUCCUUGGAUGAAGCGAGGAAGAGGGCCAAGCAGUUCCAUGAAGCUUGGAGUAAGCUGAUGGAAUGGCUGGAAGAGUCAGAAAAAUCUUUGGACUCUGAACUGGAAAUCGCCAAUGACCCAGACAAAAUCAAGACCCAGCUGGCCCAGCACAAGGAGUUUCAGAAAUCACUCGGAGGUAAACAUUCUGUCUAUGAUACCACCAACCGAACUGGGCGUUCUCUGAAGGAGAAAACCUCCCUGGCUGAUGACAACCUGAAGCUGGACAACAUGCUGAGUGAACUCAGGGACAAAUGGGACACCAUAUGUGGAAAGUCUGUGGAAAGACAAAACAAGCUGGAGGAGGCCCUGUUGUUUUCUGGACAGUUCACAGACGCCCUGCAGGCCCUCAUUGACUGGCUCUAUCGAGUUGAGCCCCAGCUGGCAGAAGACCAGCCUGUCCACGGAGACAUUGAUUUAGUGAUGAAUCUGAUCGAUAAUCACAAGGUCUUCCAAAAAGAGUUGGGGAAGAGGACCAGCAGCGUGCAGGCGCUGAAGCGCUCUGCCAGAGAGCUCAUGGAAGGCAGCCGGGAUGACUCCUCCUGGGUCAGGGUCCAGAUGCAGGAGUUAAGCACCCGCUGGGAGACUGUGUGUGCGCUCUCCAUAUCGAAGCAGACGCGGCUAGAAGCAGCCCUGCGUCAGGCAGAGGAGUUUCACUCUGUGGUCCACACGCUCUUGGAGUGGCUGGCAGAAGCAGAGCAGACCCUGCGCUUCCAUGGUGCGCUCCCCGAUGACGAGGACGCCCUCCGGACCCUGAUUGACCAACACAAAGAGUUCAUGAGGAAACUGGAAGAAAAAAGAAGUGAGCUAAGUGUGGCCGCUGGCAUGGGUGACGCUCUUUUGGCCAUCUGCCACCCCGACUCCAUCACCACCAUUAAGCACUGGAUAACAAUCAUCCAGGCCAGGUUUGAAGAGGUGCUGGCGUGGGCAAAGCAGCACCAGCAGAGGUUAGCAGGGGCUCUGGCUGGGCUCAUCGCCAAGCAGGAGCUGCUGGAGACAUUGCUGGCGUGGUUGCAGUGGGCCGAAACUACACUUAGUGAGAAGGAUAAGGAAGUCAUCCCACAGGAGAUUGAAGAGGUGAAGACCCUCAUUGCAGAGCACCAGACCUUCAUGGAGGAAAUGACCAGAAAACAGCCCGAUGUUGAUAAAGUCACCAAGACCUAUAAGAGAAGAGCUGCCGAUCCUUCCUCACUACAGUCUCACAUUCCCGUCCUGGACAAGGGACGAGCCGGAAGGAAACGCGUCCCGGCAUCGAGCCUGUAUCCCUCUGGGUCACAGACACAGAUCGAAACCAAGAAUCCCCGGGUUAACCUGCUGGUCAGCAAAUGGCAGCAGGUCUGGCUCCUGGCGUUGGAAAGGCGGCGGAAGCUGAAUGAUGCCCUGGACAGACUGGAGGAGCUGAGGGAGUUUGCUAACUUCGAUUUUGAUAUCUGGCGUAAAAAAUACAUGAGGUGGAUGAAUCAUAAGAAGUCACGGGUGAUGGAUUUCUUCAGGAGAAUUGAUAAGGACCAAGAUGGGAAGAUCACACGGCAGGAGUUCAUCGAUGGAAUUCUUUCCUCAAAGUUCCCUACCAGCCGCCUGGAGAUGAGCGCCGUGGCCGACAUCUUUGACAGAGACGGUGAUGGGUACAUUGACUACUAUGAAUUUGUGGCCGCUCUGCAUCCGAACAAAGACGCAUACAAGCCCAUCACAGAUGCGGAUAAAAUCGAGGAUGAGGUCACGAGGCAAGUCGCAAAGUGUAAAUGUGCAAAGCGAUUCCAAGUUGAGCAAAUCGGUGACAACAAAUACAGGUUCUUCCUGGGAAAUCAGUUUGGAGACUCCCAGCAACUUCGACUGGUCCGGAUCCUGCGAAGCACGGUGAUGGUUCGAGUUGGAGGUGGAUGGAUGGCUCUGGAUGAGUUCUUAGUGAAAAAUGAUCCGUGCAGGGUUCAUCAUCAUGGGAGUAAAAUGUUACGUUCGGAAUCAAACUCUUCAAUUACUACUACUCAGCCUACUAUAGCCAAAGGAAGGACCAACAUGGAGCUGCGCGAGAAGUUCAUCUUAGCCGACGGCGCCAGCCAGGGGAUGGCUGCCUUCCGGCCGCGGGGCCGCCGGUCGCGGCCUUCCUCGCGAGGAGCGUCCCCCAACAGAUCCACCUCUGCGUCCAGUCAUGCUGGCCAGGCAGCCUCCCAACAGGUGCCCGCUGCGGCCAGCACACCCAAGAUCCUCCAUCCUUUAACACGCAAUUAUGGUAAACCAUGGUUGACAAACAGCAAACUGUCAACUCCUUGUAAAGCAGCAGAGUGCUCAGACUUUCCCGUGUCAUCUGCAGAGGGAACGCCAAUCCAGGGAAGCAAGCUGCGACUUCCUGGCUAUCUGUCAGGGAAAGGCUUCCACUCUGGGGAGGACAGUGCCUUGAUAACCACCGCAGCUGCCAGGGUCCGAACACAGUUUGCUGAUGCCAGGAAGACGCCCAGCCGCCCCGGAAGCAGAGCCGGAAGCAAAGCAGGCAGCAGGGCCAGCAGCCGCCGAGGCAGUGAUGCCUCAGACUUUGACAUUUCAGAAAUUCAGUCCGUGUGCUCGGACGUGGAGACCGUCCCACAGACACACAGACCUGGGCCCCGAGCAGGUUCUCGGCCAUCCACAGCCAAGCCUUCCAAGAUCCCCACGCCCCAGAGGAAGUCACCUGCCAGCAAAUUAGACAAGUCUUCAAAGAGAUAGUGCAAUUGGCUCCGGCAAGCCCCUCCCCUGAGCGUUUAUUAUUUAAGUGAAUGAUGUAAAAUACGAUGUAGAAAUUACUGUGAAAUAUCGCAGGAGGCGAGUUUUAAAUUCUGCAGAUGGUCUUAUUUGUCUAUUUGUCUUUUUAUUUGAUCUGUAUCACUUUUUUGGUCAGAUUUUCUGGGGUAAAAGUCACAUCAUAUGUGAUAAGGAAGAAAGACUUUUAACAUGAACCACUGUCUCUGCACGGCCAUGUGCAGACCAUACACUAAAGUCAGUUACUGUACCUCCAGGUAAGUCUCCGCUCUCCGACAACCACAGCGCCACAUAGCUGACAUUAAGGGAUACCUCAUGACACCUUUUAUGAAAGUUCCGAACAGCUUACAGACAUAGCAGGGAAAUCUUUAUUAUUAUUUUUUUUUGAGAUGCUUUAACUAUAAAUUAGAAGGAAGACAAAAGGAGAAACACACCAACACACAGUUCUUCAAGCAGUAACCAACAGAAACUCACAGGAGAAUGCUCCCAGCAUCCUUGGGUACCACGGUGUGCCAGCACCUGCCAGCAUCCCUGUGCCGUUGCUUUAGUCGCAGCCAGACGCGCCCUGGGCAUCAGCCAUCUAUACUGUAAGAAUGUGAUGCAAAGUGCAUUCGUGCAGACGUGAGGUUUGCUUUGCUUGGGUGGACGGCAGCCCCUGUAUCGUUUUGUAACAGCAACUUCGCUUGCAGAAAGCUAUGAAAUAAAACAUGUCCCUUAACUACA